AGCGCGCGCCACAUGCCAGUAAGCUGCUAAACUGCUCGUGAAGAUCGAAGCCGUCAGAAAUCGAGAGAGAUGCCACGCUUGUCGAAGAAUAUUCGCAUUGCGAAUAAGGCAACUGAAGAUGAGCUGAGCUCUCUGUUAGCCCCGCCUUCUGGUUUACACUGGCAGUCGCUUAUGCAUCGAACCUCACAGAGGCUGAGCGGAAUCGGUGCUGGGAUCUCCUUGAGCAAAACAUGAAGGAUAUGUAUAUGAACUCGUCCUGGGGAUGGCACCCAGAACAAAAACUCGACGAGUUAUUUCAUCCGGACGCGCGCUUCAUUCUGGUCCGACGCCUGCGUGAUGAAGGUUUGAGCGAGGUCGUCGCGUACUUAUCCUUCCGAUUCGAUAUGGAGGAAGGGGAGGAGGUGGCAUAUUUGUAUGAAGUGCAUGUCUGCAGCUCCUGCCGAAGGCAAAGCCUCGGUCGCAUCUUGACGGACCAGAUACGCAGGGUAGCCUCGCACUACAAGAUGAGCUCAGUCAUGUUAACUGUCUUCGAAGCCAAUACUCCUGCGCUCAAGCUCUACGAGAGCUUAGGUUUUGUUCUCCAUCCGACCUCUCCUGGAUACGUCGACGAGAGUAGUGAAUCCGACGAGGAGUGGGUGGAUGAGGACGAGGAGGCAGAUGACUAUCGCAUAUUAUACUGUCCGUGUGCGUAGAGCUAUCAGAAGUAUGCGAAUUUAUGGCAGC